AUGAGCGACGGUAUUGAUGAAGCCAUCCGGGAUGGCCGGAUUCCUCCGGACGUCGAUAUGAAACUUCUGAGAAACAAUCAAAACAUACCGGGCAUCGCGAGCAUCGCCUCCGUCACUUUUCUGGCCACGUUGGUAGUCGUGUGUCGACUCUAUUCGCGCAAGUUUAUUAUCAAGGGCUAUGGAUUCGGCUUUGAUGACGGAGUUGUACUCGCGUCGCUGGUGGUAUUCAUUCCCUUUACGGCAUUAUGUAUACGACUCAUUGUAAUGGGCGCUGGGCAAAACCCCAUGUGGAUAUACUUUAUGAUGGACGACGAAACCUACACGCAAAUUCAGGCCCUUGAUACCAUCGCGCACUUGAUAUACAGCACGGCGUUGGUGCUUUGUCGAAUAUCUGGUAUCGCAUUUUAUUGGCGGCUUUGCUACAUGGAUAAAAAGUUCCUCCUGGCUAUUAAGGGUAUUGCCGCCAUUAUUCUAGCAGGAUACGUGGCGCAAAUUUGUCUUCUCAUCUUCCACUGUCUGCCUGUCAGUAUGGUAUGGGUAUUUUAUACCAAGGAAGACGUUAUCGGUCUCUCUGCCUCGCGGGUUGUGCUAGUUAUUAACUACGGUUGGGAAUCGGAUCAAAAGAUCGAGUUUCAAUUUUCGUUCCUCAAGCUGCUAUGUCUUGAGGUAGCCGAGGUCAGCGCCACAAUCAUUGCCGUGUCAGUCCCGGGGGUCAAGCCCUUGGUGGACAAGUAUAUAUUGCGAAAAGAUAAGGAGACAGAGUCCAGCAGCUGGAAGUCUAAUGGGCUAAGCAUGUCUUCCUCUGACGAUGUAACAAAACCGCGUCAAGCCCAUGUUGACAUCAUGGAGUGGCAGCGAGAGAACGCGACGAGAUUGCCUGCAGGGAAAGGCCUGUAG